AGGCGGCCCCGCCAGGGUUGGCCGCGGCCGGCCCCGCUCCUCGGGGAUCGCGCUGCCGCCAAGGGGCGAGCGGGGCCGGCGCGACGCCACCCCGGGGCCGGGCCAUGCCGUGGCGGGCGCUGCUCCUCUCCUUCCUCCUUCUCCUUCUCCUCCUCGGCCUGGCCCAGGCUUCGGGCGAAGAAUCUUCUCCACGUUUACCGGCACCAAAGGAUGUAAAGGUUUAUUCCUAUAACUACCGUAGCGCGCUGAGGUGGUCUCCUGUUAAAGUAGAUAGAGGCGUGGUGUUAUAUACAGCCCAUUUUAAAACAGGGGCCUUUAACCAGUGGGAUGAGAUGAACUGCACCCGUAUCACCCAGACUGAGUGCAGUUUUCCCCUGUCCCUUAAUGAGCGUCUCUGGACUUUUGUUUUCCGUGUGAGGUCUGAGCUGGGGCAAAUGACUUCUGACUGGGUGGAAACGAAUCCAUUUGUGGCAGACAGAGACACUACCAUAGGGCCCCCUGCAGUGAACAGCGUGAUUGUAAGCUCUGACUCACUGCUCAUUAGUGUCUCACCGCCUUUCGAAUCCCAAGAAGGUACUGUCUGGUAUCAUGUGUCCUACUGGGAGAAUGCAACGACUACUACUAAAAAAGAGAUGCAGGUGAAUAAUGCACUAUUCAAAAUCGAAAACCUAAAGCAAAUGACACUUUAUUGUUUUACAAUUGAAAUAGAAUUGGCCAGGAAUUUACAUGACCGGAUCCCUGGACUGCAGAGAAUCCCGGAGUGUUACAGAACUCCAAUGAGUGAGACAACCAGAGAUGCAUAUAUUAUAACAACAUUUACGUUGGUCGGUCUUUUUUUAAUUCUCAUAAUAAUCGGUUUGUUUUUUCUAUGGAGACACCACAAAACAAUCAAGUAUUUGUGUCAGCCACCUUUAAAAAUCCCAUCACACAUUGAAGAGUAUUUGAGAGACCCUAGCAUGCCUCAUUUAGAAGCACUGGAGAAUUACCACGAGGAAGCUCCGCACGAUUCUCUCUGUGUUUUGUAUUUUGAAGAAGGAAGGGAAGCAUAUGAUGACACUCUGGAUGGUAACACUCGUUCACACAGCAACUCCGGUGAAUGUGAAGUAACUUAAGCGGUACCCCAGUGAGAAUGCCUGUUUCCAGCCAUUGCAGAGGCUCCUGCUUGUGCGUGGUGCUGUGCAGCUCCACGCAGGACAGACAAGGAGCCCUAAACAACACGUGGCCAUGGGCAAAGCCUGAGCAAGACUUUGCUUCCUGAGAAUAAUAUGGAACCUGAGCCUUUUUAAAAACGUUUUCUGCUGUGCUACAACAACAUUCUGUCUGCCAAAGAGACUGAAAAGGUGGAAGUUGAAGGGAAGUGAACACUAAAUUGCUUUCAGACGGAUAGUUAUGGCUGUAUCAUCAUUCCCCCGCCCCCCCUUGAAGCAAAUACUGAGAAAUAAUGGCACUUUAGGGCAGGGCCUAGUAUAACCUGGACUGUGUUACAGAGAGAGUAAUUGCACCAUGAAUUACUUCUACUGGGGUUUUUGUUUUGUUCUUAUUUGUGAAGUCUGUGUUGCCACUUAAAGUGUAUUAAAUCCACCCCCUAUGCUUUCCUGAGUCAUUGUAAAUACAGGAAGUCUGUGACUGCUGCUUCCCUCCAGGUAAAAAGGGCAGUCUAAGAGGAACCUUGACUGUACUUUACCGUCUUCAUCAUCAACCUGAGGAAAGAACUGCUAUGAUAAAGGCAAGGGAUGAUAGUUCACUCCUCACCCUUGGAUCUGUGCCUUAACGUUCCUGGGAAGCAUUAAUCAUUUCCUGCUGUGAGCCGAUCACACCCUGCACAGGGAAACAAGCUUUAAAAUACACAUUUCUCAGCAUCU